AUGGACGUCUUGGAUGCCAACUUAUUCAAUGAGGCAAUUCAAUUCAAUCAGCCUGGUCAGGCUUACGAUUUUGCCUGGCAGGCGCGCGCCGCGGCCGCGAACUUCCAAAUACCGUAUGUAAAGGAACGCACGCACCGCGCUCUGGUGAUCGACCCCACCGGAACCACAGUCAAUGGGCCCGCGACUGACGACUCCAUGUGCACCGCACCGAAACGCGCCUUCCACCAACCUCCUAUCUGCGCCCCCGAAAGUACAUUAUGCGGCUUAUGCGCUACGCAA